GAACAGUGAUCAAUCCCCUUACUCAGCUCGUUCUAGUGGCGGAUUACAUAAUAGCUAUCUGAUACAAAUACUGCUUUCCUGUGCUCGCAAAGUUUACUUCGCCCGUCUAGCUCGACUUUGAAUACUUACAUCAAUCGAGCCAGCCCAAUAUGGAGAGUUCUGAAAGACGUGAACAGCAAGGCAGUUUGGCGGUCUUCACAGUUCUGAUCUUGAUCAUCCAGGUGCUUGGAUUGACGGCUGUGAUCUUGGUGGCAGUGUGGAUGGGGUCCUUUAGAGGGGGUUUUGCCUGGCAGUCAGACCCCGCCCAUGAGUUUAACUACCACCCCGUGUUUAUGGUGACAGGCAUGAUAUUUCUGUACGCUGAUGCCAUUUUGACUUACCGCGUGUUUCGGAAUGUGAAGAAGACGUACUUGAAGGCGAUACAUGGCAUUAUACAAGCAGUGGUGCUGAUAUUGUCGGGGGUCGGGCUGAAGGCAGUGUUCGACUCUCAUAAUCUGAACCACCCACCCAUCCCCAACUUGUACAGUCUCCACAGCUGGUUGGGAAUUGUCACGGUCAUCCUGUUUGGGCUACAGUGGAUGAGUGGCCUGAUUUCCUUCGUCUUCCCGAUGUUAAGUAUGGGUGCUCGGCAGAUGUACAUGCCACACCACAUAUUCUGGGGACUGGCUAUCCUAUGUCUGGCCGGGGCUAGUGCCUUGACCGGCAUCACUGAGAAAGCUCUCUUCACGGACUUCUACUCUCCAUUUAAGUAUUCUGGGUUUGCCACCGAGACCUACAUCAUUAACUUCCUGGGGCUGACCAUCGCAUGUCUCGUGGCGCUGGUGGUCUACGUCGUGACUCGUCCGGAAUACAAACGUCAGCCGUCACCGGAGGAAGAGCACAUUCAACUGAUGCAAUAACCUGAACUGGUACUCGGCCCUGAUGAUAACCAGCAUGCAGUUAUCUGCCCUUGAAGAUGUGAAUCCCUAGGAUUAUUGGUGUUGUGUGUAAAUUUAUUCAUAUCUGUGAUGCAUAUGCUCAGUAUUUGGUUUUUUUUUUUGUUUUUUGUUUUUUUUUUCAUAUUCUAAAAUAAGACAAUAUAUGAGUUAGUGCGAUUCCUGAAUUGAGGAAUAUUUGAAUACUUGGUGAUGUGCAAUAUUCUAAUAGAUGUCUAUUCGGAGUCUCUUUAGGUUAAUCUUACAUUCAGAGUCUCUCUAGAUCUUACAUGCAUACUCUGUCACGACAAUGUCAGUGAAUUUUGAGAACUGAAUGGUAUUAACUCCCUGUAUGUUUUCUCGAAGGCUGGUACGACACAUAGGAAUAUUUUGGCCGCUUUUUUCAGCCAGAAACGCAAACAUCAAGGCGUUGGGUUUUUUUUUUCAAUUGCGACUGUGACCUCUGUUUUCUUAUCUGCCUAUCAUUGUGGCAUUACCUUGACGAGCGUCAUCCCAAAUCGUUAAAUAUGUAAAUAAGUGUUGUUACUUCCCUUUACAAAACACUUCAUUAGUCUAGUAAGUGAUAUUUGAUGAAAUGCAAAAAAAAAAAUGUUUUGUGCAUUGUUGUGAAUUCAUUCAUGAACAUCUCAUCAAGCUUAAAAUGUCAUGUAUCUUGUUUUUGUUUGUUUGUUUUUUGAGGGUUUUUUUUGUUUUUUAAAAAAGAUCACAAAUAAGAGCAAGAAAGAAAACAGUUUGUUUUACCCAAAAGAUGACAGGAAAGGAAUUAGCAGUCCACUUUAAAGUUCAUAGACCAUUAAUUGAAGUAUGUAAUGAGUCCUAUGUUGGGUAGUGCUCCCAUUAGCACAAGACUUAUCUGAUAUUUGUGAAUGUUCUGUUAUUACUUCCACAACUUAGGAGUCUGUGGUUUUAGAACUCUUACAGAAUUAUCACUACAGUUUGUAAGUGAUUGCUACAGAAUUAUCACUACAGUUUAUAAGUGAUUGCUACUGUCUUCCCGUUACUACACCAGACCAAUCAGUGUGUCCGUGUCAAAUUAUCUGUUUUAAUGUCUUCUACAUGACUUGAAAUCCAGCUGUCCUGAUGUCCAAAACCAGGGCAUAUGUAAUCAUUAUAGGUACAGAUUAUUGUCCUAAAAUUUCUAUGUAUAAACCAUGACCAAGGUCUGUAUGCACUGACUCCAAGUAGAAUAUAGACUUUUUUGUCAAACAAUCUAAAGGUUUUUUAAUCACUGAUGUUUUUUUUAGUCUGAGUCUUUGUGUUUAACUUUUUUUCUCUCCUUUUUUUUAAUAAAUAAGAAACUAUCUUAAGCUAAUUAUCCAGAGAUCUCCCAAUGGUUUUAUAUCCGGGAAUAAAUCAGACACACAAUCUUUGUAUCUAUCGUACACUGGUCACACGUAUGUUUUUAUGUCAAGUUUAAUGUCACUUGCGUGUCAGAUAUAUUUAAGACCUGGCAGUCUGAAACAUAUCACAUGUUUAUUGCCAUGUUAUUAUUGAGAAAUAAGAUUCAGUGAAACCGUCUGUUUGAUACUGAUAAAACAUGGCUAUUUAAUUUGAGUUUAUUUUCAUGCAAUCAUUACGUGCUAAUUUUAUGUUGAGAUGCCUAUAUUUGUGAGGAUGUGUUCUGUUGUAAUUUUUGGUCAGAUUGCUAAAACAUAUUUGAUAUACAGUGAAACUUCUCUAAACCUGCCAGCUGUCAGACCGAGAGAAAAAACGGCCGGUUUAGAGAGAUGGCCGGUUUACCAAGAACUUGCAUUUAGUGAUAUUUUAUCUCAAUUUUAAUAAAACAAAAUGAAUGAUUAACAUCUUUAUUUCCAAUUUCCAACUCAAGCGGUAUGAUUGCUGCAAUUAAUACACUAAGUAGGUUCUGUUCACUUUGAUCUGGGGAUCUAGUUAUUUAUCGGUGGAGAUCAAAUUAAUCUGCUUGUACCUACAGGUAAUUUUUAUAGAAAUACCCUUGCUGAAAUCAUCUAAUUUUGAAUUGAAAGUCUAUUACAGAGUACAUUAUUGGUAUUCCUCUUUGGUUUGGAGAAGUUUCACUGUAUGUACUUUUGCCAGAACUUUACAACUAAUCAUGUUAUUUUGUGUUACCAGGUCCCUACUUCAGUGAUCAACUCAUGCACUAUGUAGCUGUAGACCUGUAGCUCUCUGGGCUACAUUUUGUAGCUGUAGACCUGUAGCUCUCUGGGCUACAUUUUGUAGCUGUAGACCUGUAGCUCUCUGGGUACAUUUUGUAGCUGUAGACCUGUAGCUCUCUGGGUACAUUUUGUAGCUGUAGACCUGUAGCUCUCUGGGUACAUUUUGUAGCUGUAGACCUGUAGUUCUCUGGGCUACAACAUAAUAAUGAUAAUAAUAUCCUUUAUUAAUACUGAAUUGCACAAUUAGUUCUAUAAACUAGUUUACAUUCUGGUCCUGUCUAUAACAUAUAUACAUAUCGAGAACAUAUAUAACAUAAAACAUGGAAAUAUCACAGUUUAUAUACAUACAGAUAAGAACUGCAUAAAAAGAGACCAUAAACACAUGAGUAUUAUUGAGAAUCACAAUAAUGUUUUAGAUAGGCUGAUUUAAAAGAUGUGGUGGUAGUUGUGCAUUUUCUUAUAAAAUCUGGUAACGAGUUCCAUAUUACCCCAUUCUGCAGCUACAUAUGUAGUAGAGCUCUAGUCUAUUAGAUGAUCCAAAAAUCUCUUACAAACACCUUCCUGGUCGUUAGAGUUUGAAAAUCCGAUUUAUUGUAAGGAAAAAGCAGUUUCUUUUACCUUUUGCUAUAACUAAAUGUGAAUAGGUCUGUAAAUUUGUUAGGAUUAAGAUUGAUAGGGCUGUAAAUCUGUUAGGAUUAAAAUUGAUAGGACUGUAAAUUUAUUUGGAUUAAAAUUGAUAGGGCUGUAAAUUUGUUAGGAUUAAAAUUGAAAGGGACUGUAAAUUUGUUGAUAUCAAAAUUAAUAAGGCUGUAAAUUUGUUGAUAUCAAAAUUGACUUCAUCAGGGCUGUACAUUCGUUAGGGUGAUAGAAUUAAAUUAACGAAAUGCACAAAAAGUGAACGAGCUCAGAUGAUCCUAGUAGGAAUUCUUUAGCUUCUAUCUCGGUUAUAAACUACUGGACAGAUCUUUCGCUACAUGUGCAUCUACUGACUGGUCAUACUAUCAAACUAGAUAAGUCCAGGAUCCGUAUGGUUGGUAAAUACUGUCAUUUCUGGGAAUGACUGGGUGAAAAUUCAGACGUUAUUACAUGUAGCUGUAGAAGACUAUGAAUUAAUUACUGUUGGCUAGGAAUCAUGUACAUUAUGUUUAGGCAAUGUAUAUACAUGUAUUGAUAUAAAUAGAUCGCUUUAUUUCGUGAGACCUUAUUUCCGCGAGGAUACAAUAAUGUACCCGGUAUAUAUUCACGAGAUAUAAAUUUCGCAAAUCAUUACUUAUUGCGCAAGUCUUCUAAACUAGCCUCGCGAAAUACGUGUAAAUAAUGUCCUCGCGAAUAAAACGAACAUGGAAAAGAAAAUGAAAUCCCCAAAAACUUCCAUAUAAAUUUUCAUGAAAUUUAUAACAUUAUGGAGAGAGAGAAAAGUCAAAGAUAUAAAAGAUGUUUUUCUUCGGACUAUUUUGCCUAUCGACCGACCUUUGUUCAUUAAGCUCUGUCAGACACCAACCAUAAAAUUGUAAGACUAGGGUUGUGUAUUAAUGACGGCUAGGUCUAAGAGUGCUCUCAAGGUCAGUAUGACAUGUUUAUACCUUGUCAAGUGGUGCUAAGCACAUUCAACCUAUCUGAUGUGUUACUUUGAUUCGAGCGCAUUUACUGGCAAUUAGGAAGUGUGUUGUUUUUUAUGUUGAUCUCAGUCUGUUUGAGAUUGAAAUGCAGUCUUGUGGCGAAUAUCUUAUCAUUGUGUGGUAAUCGAUCUAAGGAUAUCCUAAACAAAAUCAUAAUUGUGUAGUAAUCGUUCUAAGAAUAUCCUAAAGAAAUACUGUAUAGCGGGGUUUUUUUCCGCGGGGUUAUAAUUUUGGCUUAUUUUAGCGGUUAGGUAGCUUUCCGCCAAAAUUUCAAUCGCUAAAUAUGCACUCAAUUGUGGCUUCAGUAUUCAAAAGAGAGAAAAUUAUUCCUUGUCCGCCAAAAUUUAUUCCACUAAAAUUUUUAGCAUACCUUUUAGCCAGCCAAUCGCCAAAUUUUAGACCCGCGGAAUAAAACCACUGUUGUAGUAAGCGGUCCGAUCUACGGAUAUGCUCUGUUCAGUGUACCUAUUGUUUUUGUUUAUAUACUGUGUAUUGCAGUGGGUGUUGCUGAUAAGUGCUGAAACUAUAUUUUUCUUCAAAGAAUUGUUUUGUAUAAGUAAUGGAAUAUGAUACAUUGAUAUUGUAAUAUAAAAUGUUGUGUUUAUGUUUAUUAUAUUGAGAAUGUGUAAUAUCUAUAUUGUGUAAUUUAAUAAACUUGCAAAUUUAAAAA